AUUUUUACAUUCAAUGCUUUGAUUUUAGGCUUUUGCAAGGUUGACAAGAUGGAUGAAGAGUUGGGGACGUACCGAGAUAUGUUCCUGGAAGGAGUUAGUGCCAAUACAGUUACAUACAACACGUUGAUUCAUGCUUUCUUGAAGAAAGGUAAAACCCAAGAGGCACUUAAGCUUGUAAAUGACAUGUUAUUCAGAGGAUGUCCCCUUGAUGAAAUCACAUACAAUGGCCUCAUAAAAGCACUUUGCAACGAUGGAGCGGUUGAGAGAGCAUUAGGACUUCUUGAAGAAAUAAUGAGAAAAGGAACAAAACCUAAUCAUGUGACGUGCAACAUCUUGAUCAACGACUUUUGUAGAAUAAGUAAGGUUCAAAAUGCCCUUGAGUAUCUGAGAGACCUGGUACAUCGUGGAUUGACACCUGAUAUAGUCACGUACAACAGUCUAAUAAAUGGCCUCUGUAACACUAGUCGAAUUCAAGAAGCUCAGAACCUCUUUGAAAAAUUAGAACUUGAAAGAAUUUGUCUUGAUACUAUCACUUAUAACACCUUGAUUUCUUCCUAUUGUAAAAUGCGCAUGCUUGAUGAUGCUUAUACCCUGUUUGCUAGAGGCAUAGCUGUUGGUUUCGUUCCCAAUAAUGUCACAUGGUACAUACUGGUCAGAAAUUUUGUUUGA